AUGGGGACAGCUGGCAACCAGCCUAGGGUGCUGAAAUUGCCACCCCUUGACAAAUGCCAGAAGCUGAAAAAUUAUGCCCACUCUGAUGUCCUGUGUCACACCUUUGAGACUCUGUCUAACCUUCACAAGCUGCUUCCAAACCAUCUGAUGGAGCUGCUUCAUUCCUACAAGAGUGAAGAGGACCAAAAAAAAUGUGAGAAUCCUGAACUCUCCGGCUUAGAAAGGAUUUUAGCAAGACAUGAGUUUCCAAAAGAGAUUAGCCUGACCCCAAAGCCAAGCAGAGUGCCCUCAUGGAGAAGAAAAGCCGUCAACAAUGUAAGUGAGGGGUGGAAGAAAUGCCACUCGUGGAAGAGAAGCACAAAAGAGCCUCCAAUGUCCACCAUAGUUGUCAGAUGGCUGAAAAGGAACAUGCAACCCACCGAGGACCUCAAGUCGGUGAUCUGUCGGCUGUCAGCGUUCGGCCCGAUCCAGUCGGUCACUGCGUGCGGACGUCAAAGCGCUAUAGUGGUGUUCAAAGACAUGACUUCAGCUUGCAACGCUGUGAGUGCUUUUCAAAGCCGGGUCCCAGGCACCACGUUACAGUGUUCCUGGCAACAACGAUUCAUGUCCAAAGAUGUAAGACACUCUAUCGCCAAAACCUACGGGAAUUCUUAAAGCUUGUUUUAUAA